AUGAGGGUAUUAGUAUUUACAGCGCUAGUGUGUUUAAUGUUUAAUGGUUCAUCGUCUAAUGGAUAUAAACAUGAAGAUUUCACAACAGAAUCUGGUGAAAAUUGUGCAGUUCCUAGGCCCUGUGAGGAAUCGAGUGAUGAUUUUUUCAGAAGACAAAGACCGUUCACAGAUAAUAUCAGAAGCAAUGUGAUAGAUACAAUGCGCAGAACUCCAAUGUAUAAUCUAAACAAAACACAAUCGAUUUUUGAUGCAUUUUCAGAUCAAUAUGAACUUCCAAAAGCUUGCAAUGGACCUUUAAAAGUUUACGACUUUAUUGUAGUAGGAGCAGGGUCAGCUGGCAGUGUAUUAGCAGCUAGACUUAGCGAGGGAAAAAGAGCGUCUGUUUUAUUACUAGAGGCUGGCCAAGGAGAAUCUAUAAUAUCCGGCGUUCCUAUACUGGCACCUGUGUUACAGCAAACUGACUAUGUAUGGCCCUAUUUUAUGGAACAUCAGCCUGGUGUUUGCUUAGGAAUGGAAAAUGAAAGAUGCUUUUGGCCGAGAGGCAAAGCCGUUGGCGGGACGAGUGUAGUCAAUUAUAUGAUUUAUACAAGAGGAAUGCCAAUAGAUUGGAAUAGGAUUGCCGCUAAAGGGAAUUACGGAUGGUCAUAUGAAGAAGUUUUACCUUAUUAUAUGAAAUCAGAAAGAGCGAAUCUGCGAGGGUUAAAAAAUUCUCCUUGGCAUGGGAGAGAUGGUGAAUUGAACGUCGAAGAUGUUCCUUUUAGGUCAAAACUCUCAAAGGCAUUCUUAGAUGCAGCGCAUUUACUCGGCAACCGCAGAGUAGAUUACAAUAGUCCCGAUGGAUUUGGUUUCAGUUUUAUUCAAGCUACAAUAAACAGAGGGAUCCGUACUAGCAGCGCGAAAGCUUUUCUACACAACAACAAAAAAAGGAAAAAUCUACACAUACUGACAAAAAGUUAUGUCACAAAAAUUUUGAUAGAUCCACAAACUAAAACUGCUUAUGGCGUCGAAUUUCAAAGACUGGGCCGUAAAUACACUGUCUUCGCCGAAAAAGAAGUCAUAUUAUCAGCAGGACCUAUUGAAUCGCCACACCUCCUAAUGCUGUCAGGAGUAGGACCUGCAGAUCACCUACGCUCUUUCGGAAUAAACGUCAUACAGGAUUUAAAAGUAGGCGAAACUUUAUACGACCACAUUUCUUUUCCUGGCAUAACGUUUCUCCUGAAUGCCACGCAACUAACUUUAGUGGAAAGGAAAAUAGCUACAAUACAAAACACUUUACAGUACACACAGUUUGGAGAUGGUCCGAUGUCUUCACUAGCGGGCGUCGAAACUAUUGGUUACAUUAAAACUAAUGAAUCAGAAGAAUUGGGUGACAUACCAGAUAUUGAAUUAUUAGGGUCGUGCGCCUCACUAGCUUCUGAUCAGGGAAAUGUUGUAGCCAAGGGCUUACAUCUUUCUGAUUGGCUAUAUAACCAGGUCUAUAAACCAAUUGAAAAUAUUGAUAGCUUUACUGUACUUUUUAUGUUGUUGCAUCCAAAAUCAAAAGGAUUAUUACGGCUUGGUUCUACGAAUCCAUUUCAACAACCAAAAUUGUAUGGUAACUAUUUAACUCAUCCGAAAGAUGUUGCAACUUCAGUUGCCGCCAUAAGGUAUAUAAUAAGAUUAAUUGAUACACCGCCUUUUAAAAAAUAUGGGGCAAAGUUGUAUAAAAAGAAAUAUCCUAAUUGUGCUCAGUUUGAAUUUGAUUCAGAUAAGUAUUGGGAAUGUGCAGUAAGAACAAUAACAUCAACUCUACAUCACCAAAUUGCAACAUGCAAAAUGGGCCCCGGUACUGACGAGUAUGCAGUUGUAGACCCUGAACUUAGGGUUCAUGGCAUUCGAAAUUUAAGAGUGGCAGAUAGCAGUAUAAUACCAAUAACAUUAGCAGCACAUACUAAUGCACCUGCCAUAAUGAUUGGCGAAAAGGCAGCAGAUUUAAUAAAAAAUACAUGGAAAUUAUAG